AUGGAACAUCCACCUUCUACCGCUAGACUGGCUUAUACAUCUGAUAAACACCCACGACAAACGUUCGAGUCAAUUAAUUUACUGCGUAAAAACCGAGAAUUAUGUGAUGUUGUGUUAAUAGUUGGUGUCAAGAAAAUUUUUGCACACCGUGUUAUUCUCUCAGCAUGUAGUCCCUAUUUUCAUGCCAUGUUUACAUGUGAAUUGGCAGAAAGUCGUCAAACAGAAGUGCCAAUUCGUGAUAUUGAUGAAAAUGCUAUGGAAUUAUUAAUUGACUUCUGUUACACAUCAAAUAUAACUGUGGAGGAGAGUAAUGUACAGACUUUAUUACCGGCUGCAUGUUUAUUACAACUUGUGGAAAUACAGGAUGUUUGUUGUGAAUUUUUACGUCGCCAACUUGAUCCUUCAAAUUGUUUAGGAAUUCGUGCAUUUGCUGAUACUCAUGCUUGCAGAGAUUUAUUGAGAAUUGCUGACAAAUUUACGCAAAAUAACUUCCAAGAUGUCAUGGAAUCAGAAGAGUUUUUACUACUUCCUGUCAAUCAGUUGGUAGAAAUUAUAUCCAGUGAUGAAUUAAAUGUACGAUCAGAAGAACAGGUUUACCAGGCAGUUAUGGGAUGGGUAAAAUAUAGUAUACAAGAAAGACGACAACAUCUUCCAACAGUUUUACAGCAUGUUAGACUUCCAAGAAUGAGUGCCAAAUUUUUAGUAGGAACGGUUGGUUCUGAUUUAUUAAUACGCAGUGAUGAAGCUUGUCGAGACCUAGUUGACGAAGCUAAAAACUACCUUUUAUUACCACAAGAAAGACCAUUAAUGCAAGGGCCAAGAACGCGACCAAGAAAACCAAUCAAAUGUGGAGAAGUACUGUUUGCAGUUGGUGGUUGGUGUAGUGGAGAUGCUAUAUCUAGUGUAGAGAAAUAUGAUCCACAAGCUAAUGAAUGGAGAUUAGUAGCACCAAUGAGUAAAAGAAGAUGUGGUGUUGGUGUGGCUGUAUUAAAUGAUUUAUUGUAUGCUGUUGGUGGUCAUGAUGGACAAUCUUAUUUAAACAGUAUUGAAAGAUAUGAUCCUCAUACUAAUCAAUGGAGUAGUGAUGUAGCCCCCACUAGUUCGUGUCGUACUAGUGUUGGUGUAGCUGUUCUGGGUGAUUAUUUAUAUGCUGUAGGUGGACAAGAUGGUGUCUCCUGUUUAAAUUAUGUUGAAAGGUAUGAUCCACAGACUAAUAAAUGGAAUAAAGUAACUUCAAUGAGUACAAGAAGGUUAGGUGUGGGUGUAGCUGUAUUAGGAGGAUCUCUGUAUGCUGUAGGAGGCAGUGAUGGUACAUGCCCUCUCAAUACAGUUGAGAGGUAUGAUCCCAGGAAUAAUAGAUGGAAUGCUGUAGCCUCAAUGGGUACAAGAAGAAAACAUUUAGGGGUAGCAGUAUUUAAUAAUAUGAUCUAUGCUGUUGGAGGUAGAGAUGAUACAACUGAAUUAUCCAGUGCUGAGAGAUAUAAUCCUCAAACUAAUAUGUGGCAACCUGUAGUAGCCAUGACUUCUCGUAGAAGUGGGGUUGGCUUAGCUGUAGUCAACGGUCAGUUAAUGGCUAUAGGUGGCUUUGAUGGUACUACAUAUCUAAAAACAGUGGAGGUUUAUGAUCCUGAAACUAAUUGCUGGAGGAUUGUAGGAGGAAUGAACUAUAGACGCUUAGGAGGUGGUGUUGGUGUGGUUAAAAUGCCGUCAAACGAUUCUCAUAUUUGGUGA